AGAGCACAGGCUCCUGGAUUUGUAGAAGACAGACAUCCAGGGCACUUCUUGGCAUCCACAGGAAAAUCAUAUGGGAUUAAAAACCCACAGCAGAACUGCUGAAAGCUGCCGCUUGAGGAUUACAACUUCACCUUUUGCUUUUAUGGAUGCUUGUUUACUAUCCAUGUGGUAUCCUCUGGACAGCCAAUAAUCCAUUCAUUAUCCACACUGAUUGAGUGCAGGAGUAGUGCAGUGGGAACUACUUCACUCAGCUGACGGCAGUCGACAAAAGGAGGGAAAUGAUGAAUUCGGACAAUUUAACCUCCCAAAGCUUCCUCUCUGCUAUUCACAGCAAUGCCAGCAAUUUAUUCUCUGGGCUCCAGUUUGUUCAGUCCUUCAAGCCACUCAUCAUCCCCUGCUACUCGCUAGUGGUUUUUAUUGGUGUCAUUGGGAAUUACCUUCUCAUUUAUGUCAUCUGCAAGACAAAAAAAAUGCACAAUGUCACCAACUUUCUGGUAGGCAAUCUGGCUUUCUCAGACAUGCUCAUGUGUGCAACCUGUGUGCCUCUGACACUCGCGUAUGCCUUUGAGCCCAGAGGAUGGGUGUACGGCCGUUUCAUGUGCUACUUUGUUUUCCUGAUGCAACCUGUCACUGUGUUUGUCUCUGUCUUUACACUGACUGUCAUAGCUGUGGACAGGUAUUAUGCCAUGGUGUACCCAUUCCGCAGGAGGCUCACCAUCCCUAUUUGUGCUUAUAUCCUGGCUGCUAUUUGGCUGCUGAGCUGUACCUUGGCUGCCCCAGCCUUGGUCCACACUUACCAUGCAGAGUUCCCAGAACUGGACUUCUCCAUCUGCGAGGAGUUUUGGUUCCACAUGAAAAGAGAUCGCUUAGCUUAUGCCUACAGCACUCUCAUCAUCACUUAUGUACUGCCUUUGGCUGUCAUCUCCCUGUCCUACCUGAGAAUCUCUGUCAAGCUGAAAAACCGCGUAGUGCCAGGCAACGUCACCCAGGGCCAAGCUGAGUGGGACCGAGCAAGGAGGAGAAAGACUUUUCGCUUGCUAGUCUUGGUGGUGGCAGCCUUUGGAGUCUGUUGGCUGCCUCUGCACAUCUUCAACAUGAUAAAGGACAUAGACAUCAGCCUGAUUGACAAGCAGUACUUCAACUUCAUCCAGCUGCUGUGCCACUGGUUUGCAAUGAUGUCUGCUUGUACCAAUGCCUUCCUCUAUGCCUGGCUCCAUGACAGCUUCAGGGGGGAGCUGAAGAAAAUGUUUGUCUGGAGGAAGAAGAAAAUUGGACCCACUACAAACUGCAUUAUGGCCAGUGUGGUGCUGUAAAUGAGAGCUGGUUGCAGUGCACUUCCUUCAUGCAGUAACAAUGGAACAUACAAAAGGAGAUGAUGGCUUUAAUUCCUACAUCUACAUUUCCUACAAUUUCUGCAUUUCCGUUAGGCACUGGAGAUGUUUCAUCAGCAGCUAGCAGGACCGCAAAGAGAAGCUUGCUGCUUUCCAGCACAGCAAUCAGAUCUGCCUCUCCUGCUGAGCACAGUUCUUGGUUUCCAGAUAAAACGCUGGAAAGGCAGCCUGUGGCUCACAGCAGCAGUAGGGGCUUUAGUGCUGUGGUCUGUGAGAGCCUGGUGAUGUGUGUGGUGCAGAGGAUCGCUCUUAGGAAGCUCAGGAUCCCCCCAGCAACAUCACCAACUAAGUGAUGUGCUCGGCUGGAGGCAGCUGGUGCUCCCUGUGAGGCUGGGCAGCACGCGGUGUGGUUGCUCUGUCUGUGGUGUCUCAGCCACAGGGAGUUGUGUUCUGUUACCCCAUCACACCCACAACAAGUCAGGCUGAUGCUCUGGUGAGAAUGUGACAGCCAAACAAUGCGGUAACUGUGACACACCAUCACAGGUUGCCAUCAGUCACAGCUCAGGUUUGUGUGACCAGCUGUGUUUGGGAGUGGGGAGGCGAAGCAAUGGACUGUACUGUAAAACAUACCUGUCUUGGGCUCCUGGAUGCAAGAAAGAAAGAAAAAAAAAAAAAAAGAAAAGCAUAAUUUUGGACAUCAAGACAACAAUAACCAUCCAAAGGCUAAAUCUGUAAUAACCCAGAGGCUGUUUCUGUACAAACGCAGGGGUAACUCAAGCCUUCUGAGUCUGGUCCCUCACUUGCAGCGUGCUGCUUCAGUGUAUUUGCUUUAUUGCAUCUUUCUUCCCACCCCGCAGCCAUAUGCUGAGGGCCAAGCCAGAUGUAUGCGUGAACCAUCAGUGUGUGGUCCAGAGACAGAUGAGUUGAGGGUGGAUGCACCUGUGAAAGAUUUUUUUAUAAGAGUAAUUGAAAGUUUGGGGAUGGGGUUCUGAGGCAAGUGUUCAACCAACCCACUCCUCAGCAACUGGGUGCAACUCUGGAGGAAGUGAGAUGAAAAUAAUCCCAGUAUCAUGUGCAAGAGGCAGCUACGAGCUACAUCACCUAUUAGAAAUUACUUUCUAAGUCACUAUAAUACAAAGUGGAAUCAUUAAGAAAAUAAGACCUUCAACACUCUGCUUCGGAGUGAUUUCCCCUCAAUUAUUGGAUCCUUUUAAAAUUCAACAUCUGUUGUUAAUAUGCAUAACUUAAAAAAAUUAAAAACAAAUUUGAAACCAUCUGAAGCACUAGACACAGCAUAUGGCAGACCUGUUUAACCUUAACAAGUCAAUAGUAUUAUCAUUGUGAAUCACUUCUUCAUUAAAACAUGUAUUCCUGUCUGUUGUAUAAAAUGUUUCUUUGUUAAAGCCUUUUGGACCACCCAUGCAAUUGUCAGUUAUCACAGCUAAUUCUAAAUUGUUUUGAUAGCACUUCUUCUUGGA